CGCUACAGCUAGAAUUUUGUAAGUACCAUUCAGUCGGAAACCGAAUAGUGUUCGGUUGAGUUCGGAUUUCAGCAUUUCGCCUUUUCUUGCACUUGCGGUGCGAUUUUGAAGGUUGCGGAUAUUAUUACGGUGAUUUGGUCAUACUACGUACUGUGGAAUAGCGUAGAGUUAAAAUUAGUGCGGCACUGAAUCGUUUUACGUUAAAAAUAAUUUCUCUGUGACUUAUUUCAUCAGAUUAUUUAAUUUGUGGUUUUUAUCAACAGGAAAAAUGUUCAGCGGAAUCGCAGGCGCGUUCCGAAGCAUCGGAGAGAAGACAGCGUCUCUCUUCGAGAGGAAGAAGAAAGAUGCAGAACAAAUCGCUCAGGAAAAAGCCGCAGAAGCCGCCCAUGUUGUUGAAGAACAGGUUAAGAAGGCUGGAGAGCUCGUGAGUGGGGCUGAGAAGACGGCGUCUGAUGCUGCUAACUCCGCUGCAAACGCGAAGCACUCGGCGAUUGAUGUGAUAGAUAAGGAAUUAUCAAAGGUUUCGAUUGCUGCCGGUGAAGCUAAGGAUGCUGCUGACAAAGCCUUAGCCGAUGGGAAGAAGGUUGUCGACACUACUAAAGAUACAAUUUCAACGACAGUAGAUAAUACGAAAAAGGCAGCUGAGUCAGCUAUAAACACGGCUAAAGAUACAUUGUCAAAUGUAGUUCAAAGCACAAUAGAUACUACACAAUCUACCAUAGAAUCUGGAAAGACGUGCGCAGUUAGUGCUAAAGAUUCAGUAGUGAACACUAUUCAGAGCACUGUAGAUACCACACAGAAAUUAGGACAAGCCGCUCUUGAAGGUGGUAAAUCCUACGCUACGAGUGCUAAAGAUUCAGCUGCAGGUGCUAUACAAAAUACAGUAGAUGGCACUAAAAAAUCAGGCCAAACUGCAUUCACAGCUAGCAAAGAUUAUGUUGCGUCUGCGAAAGAUAAAGUAGCUAGUACCAUAGAAAGUACAUUAGACACAUCUAAGAAUACAGCAGAAUCUACUUUAGAUACAAGCAAACAAUAUGCUACUAUUGCAAAAGAAACACUUGUAAGUAAUAUUCAAAGUACGGUAGACACAACACAAAAAGUAACCAAUUCCGCUAUUGAAACAGGCAAAGAUUAUGCAGCAUCUGCAAAAGAUACAGUAUCGAACACUUUAGUAGGUGCACAAAAAAAUGCCGAGUCAGCUUUCGAAACCAACAAAUCUUAUGUCGCUGGAGCAAAAGAUAAAGUAGCAAGUACAUUCGAAAGUACAUUAGAUAUUACAGAAAAAACAGGUCAAUCUGCGCUUGAAACAGGGAAAUCCUAUGCCACAAGCGCAAUAGAUUCUGUUGCAAGUAGUAUACAAAGCACAGUUGACACAACACAAAAAACAGCACAGUCACUUGUUGAACCUGGUAAAACAUACGCUUCUAGUGCUAAAGAUUCUGUUGCUAGUAGUAUACAAAGCACAGUUGACACAACACAAAAAACAGCACAGUCACUUGUUGAACCUGGUAAAACAUACGCUUCUAGUGCUAAAGAUUCUGUUGCUAGUAGUAUUCAAAGCACAGUUGACACAACACAAAAAACAGCACAGUCACUUGUUGAUUCUGGUAAAACAUAUGCUUCUAGUGCUAAAGAUUCUGUUGCUAGUAGUAUUCAAAGCACAGUUGACACAACACAAAAAACAGCACAGUCACUUGUUGAACCUGGUAAAACAUACGCUUCUAGUGCUAAAGAUUCUGUUGCUAGUAGUAUUCAAAGCACAGUUGACACAACACAAAAAACAGCACAGUCACUUGUUGAUUCUGGUAAAACAUAUGCUUCUAGUGCUAAAGAUACUGUAGCAGAUGCGGUUAAUAAUACUGUUGAAGUAACCAAAAAUAUUGCUAAUUCAACAACAAAAACAACUAAAUCGUAUGUGGAUAGCGCUAAAGAUUCAGGCCAAAACUCAUAUCAAUCUGCAUUGGAUUUCUCGACGAGUUACGCAUUUUCUGCUUUACAUAUCGGAAAAUCUUAUCUAGAUAGCACUAAAGAAACAGUAGCAAGUACAUUAGAUAGUACAGUGAAAGCUGUUCACAGUUCUGUUGAAACAGGAAAAUCUUACGUGGAUACUGCCAAAGAUACCGUAGCAAGCACCGUUCAUUCAACUGUUGAUAGUACUAAAACUGUAGCGGCAUCAGCGCUUGAUAAAGGCUCAGCUUUGAUAGAAGGCGUUAAAGAUACAGUAGCCAGUACUGUGAAUACAACAGUAGACACAACAAAAAAUGUAGCCGCAUCCGCUGUAGAUAAGGGAGUUUCACUAGUAGGAACUGUAAAAGGUACAGCUGCAAGUACUGUAGAUGCAACUAAAAAUGUUGCGGCAUCUGUUGUUGAUAAGAGCACAUCACUCAUAGGAAGCGCUAAAGAUAAUCUAGCAAGCACCAUACUCACGACAGUAGAUACCACUAAAAAUGUAGCAGCCACCGCUUUCGAUAAAGGCUCAUCACUAGUAGGAUCAGCCAAAGAUACUGUAGCAAGCACUGUGCAAUCCACUGUCGAUACAACUAAAAACGUUGCAACAUCUGCUGUCGAUAAAGGCGCUUCAUUAGUAGAGGCUGCUAAAGGAACCGUGGCAAGCACAAUUGACACGACGAAAAAUGUCGCAUCAUCCGCAGUAGAUAAAGGUUUUUCUUUAGUUGGCACUGCUAAAGACACCGUAGCGAGCACUGUUAAUACUACUGUAGAGACAACUAAGAGUGUAGCGUCAUCAGCUGUCGAUAAAGGAUCACAUCUUGUAGGAUCUGCUAAAGAUACUGUAGCAAGUACAUUAGAUACAACAAAAAAUGUUGCCUCAACUGCUGUAGACAAAGGCAUAUCGUUUGUCGGUGCCGCUAAAGAUACCGUAUCAAGUACAGUUCAAAAUACAUUAGACUCAACUAAGAGUGUAGCUGGAUCUGUUUAUGAUAAGAGCUCUUCACUUGUGACCGGCGCCAAAGAUAUAUUCACAAGCAAGACCGAAGGUGCAAAAGAUUCUGCCGAAUCGUCAAUAAAUAAUGUUAAGGAAACCGCAGAGAAAUUAGACGACACGAUCAACGCUACGGUAGACACGACGAAGAAGACUGCAGAAGAAGCCAAGGCUCAGGCUUUGAAAGCCGCUGAAGAUGCUAAGGAGAAGGCUAGAUUAGCUGCUGAGGCUGCUAAAGAGGAGGCAAAGAGGGCUGCAAAUGCUGCCGUUGAAGAGUCUAAGAAAGCUGCCGAGAAGGCGGCGGCGGAUGCCAGUAACGCCGUACAUAGCACGGUUGACAACACCUUGAAGAGAGUAGAGGAUGCCGCUGACCAGGGCUUGAAGAACGCGGGACAAGUAGUCGACGCUAAAAUCAAGGACGCCGACAAGUUCUUGAGCGAAAAACGUGACGCGCUGGUAACAAACUUCUCGAGUGCGGCGCACGACGGAGCUGAGGGUGCUGCGGGCUUGCUCAGCAAGGGGCUGGCUGCUUUCCCCAAAUAAACCACCCCACUUAUAUUGUACCAUCUUCACUCGGGAAACUUGCAACUUGUUGUAUUUUAAACAUAAGCAUAAAACUAUUUA